AUGCUACGGAAUGCGGGGAAUGUUUUUCUUUUUUGUUUGGCUAAUCGGGUAUUGCCUUUAGAUUUAAUCGAUAGGAAGUCACUGGAAAUCAGAGAGGCUGACGAGGAGGUGUAUACGACCUUGGAAGAUAUCGCAGAUGCCUUACCAGAGAAUACGCCAAGAUAUGUAGUUCUGAGCCAUCCGGUGACAUUGAAAUCCGGGCGGUUUUCCACACCGUAUGUGCUUCUGUAUUAUAUGCCCGAGAAUUCAAACAAUGAACUACGAAUGUUGUAUGCUGGUGCCAAGGAGCUCAUGCGAAACACCGCCGAAGUCGGCAAGGUUAUGGAAGUUCAGGAUGAGGACGGUGUGAUAGCGAUUAGGGAUGCGCUGGUAGAUGCAUAG